AUCCAUCUUGGUUGCGAGUUAGCGUCGUCUGCGACAGUGCGACAUUCAUUUUAGUAAAUUACAUUAUUACAUUUCAUGUUUGUUGUUUCGGCUUCGCGUUUGUGUAGUGCUUACGAUAAACACGUUUUAGAAUUUUAGGUCUAAAUUACAUGUGUUAUGACUUGUGGUGUUGAAAAAAAGUAUAAUGAAUUUUGAUACUAACUAAUUAAUGUUGAUGAUAAUAUCACAGAAUAAAUUAUUAAGUUAAUAUUUAUUUUAAAUUAUUCUUUUAUAGUAUGAUACUGAUACAAAUACACAAUCAUACAUGAUACAACUAAUAACUAUUGAAGUGAAAUCUUUGAAUCCUGAAUUAUCAUUAAAUUUAAUAUAUUAUAUAUUAAGUACAAAGGUAUGAUAUUAUUCAACAUCGGUGUGAUGUAGUUUUAACAUUAAGUCUUGUAUGAAAAUGUCUGCCGACGAAAACGAAUCUGUGGACAUACAACUAAUCAAUAGGCGAUCUAAUAAUUAUUCUAGUAGAAUUGAUUUGGAAGAGGAGCUUAACCGCAUGGAAAGACCUAGUCGAGUUUUCAAUAGCCAUCAUCAUUUAUCUAUGGCUCCAGUGUUAACAGAUACAAUUAAUAUGGAACAAAACGAGCAAGUUCGUAGUUCAAGAGAUAAUAGCUAUGAUGAAAGUUCAAGUAGCACGACACAAAAUGCAGGGAAUACAGUAAAUGGAGAUGCUACGAGAAAUCGAUCACCUUUUGUUAGGUUUACCAUUACUGAUCCAGACACUCGGCAAAUUACAUCAGCUAGGCAAAUUCCAUCGAAUAAUACACCACCUAAUACUCAAACAAGCUCUUUAACAUCUAAUAAUGAAGUAGCUGGUAUAUCAUGGAAUGAUGAAAGUGAUGAAGAUGAUCAUACUGGAGUUAACUUUGAUUUUAUGAGAAAUAAUCUUAUACUAAAACAUAUUGGCUAUGAUCAUAGACCAGCACACGCUAGAUCUGUAAAACGGCCAAGGAAUUUUGUAGAUCAACCUUAUGUAUUAAUAAACACAAGCUUUCCAAGACAAACGCCUCCCCCCGGUGUCACAAGAACCAAUACGCGUGUUAAUGUUUCAUCAACAAACCGAGAUUUUAAUGACCAUCCUCCUGGUAGAUCACAAACUUCAGAACAAGAACUUCCUGAAAUACAAGUAAUAGAAAAUGUAAUGGAACCUGACAACAGUGAAGAAAAUAGAAAUGGUACUUUAGAUAUACCUAAUGAAACUCCAAGAACAAGAGUUGUACCUGUUGUCAUGUCACCAACACCAUUUAGUCCACCGUCCGAAUCUCCUUCAGAUACUCCUGAAAUACUAGCUACAGGAGUAAACAAUGAUUUACCAAAUGUGCCUGCAGCAAUACCAUUAACAACUAAUGAUGAUAAUCAUGGCUCUACUGAUAACACUAAUCUUAGCCCACCUCUGCUCAGAUAUGUUAUACGUUCUGAUGUACGUUCUGAUGGUUCAGUUCAUAGAACAAUUGAUUUCGAAUUAGAUAAUAUAGAAAAUGAGACAGCUAAUAAUUCAGUUAGAAUUGAUGAAGUAGUUAAUUCUAUUCAGGAUGAUAGUGAAACGAUUUCGAGAAAUUCUCAUCCUACAUUAACAUCUGCAAUGCAUAGUAAUAAGCAAUACAGAAAAAUUGGACAAACAUCACUGAGACGCGUUGAAAAACAUCCAGAAACAUAUGAAGACCUUAAUGAUCAGUUAUUACGUUUAUUUGAGUGUCCUGUAUGUUUUGAACACAUUUUUGCUCCCAUUUAUCAAUGCUUAAAUGGACAUUUAAUUUGUAAUACAUGUGUACUUAAGUGCGAAAAUUGUCCAACAUGUAGAAAAUAUUUCAACUCAGAACGCAAUCUAUACAUGGAAAAAGUUGGUAUUUUGCUAAAGUAUCCCUGUAAAAAUACUCCAAAUGGAUGCAAGCAUGAAUUGUUGAAAAUUGCUCUAAAAGAAAAACACGAACAAGAAUGUUUUUAUAGACAAUACGAAUGUUUUUUCACUAAUUGUUCUUGGAAAGGAACCCAUUUUGAAGUGUACUCGCAUAUGAUUAAAAAUCACAAUGACCGCGUUCUAACUGGAUCAGAACAGUUACUUGAAAUUAGAUUGCAAGGUGAUAAUGAAAAAUUCAAGUGGUUUUUAUCAGCAGAGAAUGAAUACUUUGCAGCAUUCGUUCAUAUAGUUGAUCCAAUUCAAUAUAGACAAUUUAAAAUUCAUGUAAAUUUGUUUGGAUCAGCAAGUAAAGCAAAAAAAUUUAAAUUUUGUAUACAAUUAACCCUGCGUAGAAAACCCAGUGGGUUUUCACAAAAGUUAGUUUAUGAGAGUUCAGUUCUUCCAUAUUCGGAAAUCGAUGAUGCGUUAAAGCAAAGUGCUUUUAAAGAAGAAAUAAUAUGUUUAUCUCAACAGAUGAUAAAUCCUUUUAUAAAAAGAAAACGUCACUAUCUACCAAUUACUUUAAAAGUUGGCCCAGUAUAAUCUAGUUUAUACAUACUAUUGAAAAAAAUAUUAUUGUUAAAUUGUAAUAUUAUUUAGAUCUUUUUAAACAUUAAAUAUGUAUGUACAUAUAACUUUUUUAAUGUAUGUGUUUCAGUGUUUGUAUAAUAUAAUAUAUAAUUACGUAAAAUAUAUUGUAUUUAUAUUAAUGAUAAUUUUAUUCUUGUAUUGUAUAAAAUAUUAUACUUAUUGUAUUAUAUCACCAAGUUUAUUUAGUAAAAUAAAAAGAGAAUAAAACUAUAAAAGCCAAAAAUGAUUGUA